AUGUGUCGAGACGAGAACAUAGAUAGUCUGUUGUUAGCAGUUAUAUAUCGAUACGAGAACAUAGAUAGUCUGUUGUUAGUUGCUCUAUAUCGAUACGAGAACAUAGUUAGUCUGUUGUUAGCUGCUAUGUGUCGAGACGAGAACAUAGAUAGUCUGUUGUUAGUUGCUAUGUAUCAAGUCGAGAACAUUGAUAGUCUGUUGUUAGCUGCUAUGUGUCGAGACGAGAACAUAGAUAGUCUGUUGUUAGCUGCUAUGUAUCAAGACGAGAACAUAGAUAGUCUGUUGUUAGUUGCUAUGUAUCGAGACGAGAACAUAGAUAGUCUGUUGUUAGUUGCUAUGUAUCAAGUCGAGAACAUUGAUAGUCUGUUGUUAGCUGCUAUGUGUCGAGACGAGAACAUAGAUAGUCUGUUGUUAGAUGCUAUGUGUCGAGACGAGAACAUAGAUAGUCUGUUGUUAGCUGCUCUAUAUCGAUACGAGAACAUAGAUAGUCUGUUGUUAGCUGUUAUGUAUCGAGACGAGAACAUAGAUAGUAUGUUGUUAGUUGCUAUGUAUCAAGUCGAGAACAUAGAUAGUCUGUUGUUAGUUGCUAUAUUUAUCGAGACGAGAACAUAG